CGAGGUGGUUUUGAAUAUCAAGUAGAAUAGUCAUAAUAUAGUUAAAAUGUCUGACCUUCUUUCCUGUUGGUGAAAUCUACUCGAAGGGAUGACAAUGUCUCGGAUUUUAGACAGUCUCUGUAACCAUCCCGGGUAAUUUUACACAGGCACCUAUCUUAACAACCCACACACAGCUCAGGAUGGGAAGUAGAAGCUCUAGGCCUGUAGACAAAGAAAUUUUAGCACAACAACAGGAAGAGGAGGAAGAAGAAGCUGCCCCAGAACAAUAUGUAGUCCCGAGAGGAAAAUUUCCUAUGGGUAUCGGUCCCUAUGCAGGUCUAGGUAAACCACGUAAAACACGAGUAAAGAAGAUAAAGAGUAAAACUCCAAAACCAGAAGCAGAAACUAUUGCAGAACUACUAAUGUCUGAUUCGGAAGAGGAAGAGGAAGAGGAAGAGGGGAAACAGGAAAACACUAAAUAUGCUUUUGAUGAUAUUGAUGUUAACGUUACUACGUACAAGACAGGCGCAGAAACAGACAGAUCAUCAAUCAGGGGUAAAUCCCGGAUGACGGAAAGUUCACUAACAGUUUCAGCGACCAGACCUAAUCAGACGCCUGCUGGAACACCUAUGACAGCUAUUAAUGAUAGCGAUGAUGAAGAUGACGACGAGGAUUCAGACAUUGAAUUUGGCAGCCAAUUUUCCGAAUUGAACAAACCUCAUAAAGGACCUGGCGUUCUGUUUGUACGACCUGAUACAAAUAUGCCCGCAAAACAAACCGUUGGACAAGGAAGCUACGAAUAUGGACAGUUUCCAAUGUCUUUUUCACCGGUUCAAAGUGAAGUUGACCUUCAUGCUGCCACCAUUGUCUCGGAGAUACGCGACACAAUGGAAUACUUGCCAGGCGAAGAUCAUACUGAUACCGGACUUAAUGCAUAUUUUGAAGCACAUAUGACUAAAGACAAUGAAGAUGAUCGGUCAUUUAUAUCUGACACAGAAGAAGAAGAGGACACUUCUUGGAUGGAAGAUGGUAGAACAAACAAACAGAUGGGGUGAUUCAGUUCCCCAGGUAAUAGAAAGGCCCAGUUUGUUGAUCUUACCUCAGGAGAACGAAACAUCUUCCAUUGUGUGAAACAGAACUGUGAGGACAAUCCAAACGUAAAAUGAGCGUAUCAAUGGAUUCCGAAACACUUAAAAUUCAAGAACAUCAUAAUUGAUAUAAAAGACCCCUUUCCGAUUACAAAAUGUUACUGUUGAAGCUGAUAUUAUUGCAUAGGUUGGGGAUCAGAAAAUUUGUUGAUGCUAAAUUUAUCAGAUUCGUGAUGAUUUCUGAUAUAAUUAGAUCGAAUUAGACAUAUUUUGGCAUGUGGAAUUGUAAUAACCAUUUGUUCACCAUAAACAAAGGUUUUGUUAAUGCCAUUCGAGAAGCACUAUCUAAGGCGUGUCAUCUGCAUACUAGAUUAUAGUAGACACACAGCCCAUUUCAAUUUAGACUUUGACCGGUGUGAUCUGUGUGGUUUAAUGGAACAGAAAUGCCAAAGCAAUGCUUUUGGUUUGGUUAACUGACUCAAACUUAACCGGUUUAGAAAACCAUUCUAUUUUAAUUACACGCAACAGAAGUAGCGCAUAUAUCCUACAUGAUCAGGUGACAUGUACACUGUAUGGAUACAACUCAAUUAUCCGAUUUACACAUUUAGAGGAUGAACGCUGUCAGUGGAAAUUGCAUAUCAGUCAGCGAACUUCGCCAGUCCUUGAUUGUCUGCUGUGUUUAGAGGACCUAUCUCUUGAUGUCACGUUCGAUUUUCUGAACUGCUUUUUACCAGAUCUGACCAUUGAAAAUUUUAAGGGACAGUUUUGAACGUAAUGGACGUUUCAAAUUACAAACAAGAAAUGCAAUUAAUUUCAAUUCCAUUUAACGAGUAUAUUAAGGGAUUGAAACAUUUAACAGACAAAUUAGAUUCAUUUGAACUAUUCUAAUGAUAAUGUUGACAAACAUUGAAAACGUUAAACAAUUUCUUGUUGUUUGUAGGGAUCUCAUACGCGUCUAGUGAUACAUGAUAUUUUGUACAUCUUUAAUGUUUCGGUUUAAAAUACGGUCAUUGAUUUACAACCUACCGUCUGUGUACCCAA